CGGUAAACGCAGCUCAUCCCGGCGGCCGCGAAAAUGGUCAGAUUCCUUCUGGACCUGCUCCUGCUUCUGCCCUUACUGGUCGUUUUCAUCUUAGAAUCUCUCUUGAAGCUUUUCAUUCCUAAGAAGAGAAAAUCAGUCGCCGGAGAGGUCGUCCUGAUCACGGGAGCGGGACACGGAAUCGGGAGGCUGACUGCCUAUGAAUUUGCCAAACUGAAAAGCAAACUGGUUCUGUGGGAUAUCAAUAAGCAUGGAAUUGAGGAGACAGCUGCUGAAUGCAAGAAACUGGGUGCAAAGGUUCAUGCCUUUGUGGUAGACUGCAGUAACCGAGAAGAUAUUUACAGCUCGGCAAAGAAGGUGAAGACAGAAAUUGGAGAUGUUAGUAUUCUAAUAAAUAAUGCUGGUGUGGUCUAUACAUCAGAUUUGUUUGCGACACAAGACCCUCAGAUUGAAAAGACUUUUGAAGUUAAUGUACUUGCACAUUUCUGGACUACAAAGGCAUUUCUUCCAGCGAUGAUGAAGAAUAAUCAUGGCCAUAUUGUCACUGUGGCUUCAGCAGCUGGGCAUACUACGGUCCCCUUUUUAAUGGCUUAUUGUUCAAGCAAGUUUGCAGCCGUUGGAUUUCACAGAGCUUUGACUGACGAAUUGGAAGCCUUAGGAAGAACUGGAGUCAAAACAUCAUGUCUCUGCCCUAAUUUCAUCAACACUGGCUUCAUCAAAAACCCAAGUACUGGCUUGGGACCCACCCUGGAGCCUGAGGAAGUGGUAAGCAAGCUGAUGAAGGGGAUCCUGACUGAGCAGAAAAUGAUUUUUGUUCCAUCUUCCAUAAGCUUUUUUACAGUGGUGGAAAGGAUGCUUCCUGACCGUUUCCUGACUCUUUUAAAACGGAAGAUCAAUGUUAGGUUUGAUGCAGUUAUUGGAUAUAAAAGCAAAGGACAAUAAGUACUUGGUUUUUUUGAAAAUUGAUUUACCAGGUUUAAGUUGAUUUCAUCCAAUAUUAAUCAGAAGUUUAAUGUUUGGACUUCUGCUUUUCUUAAUUAUCUUUUUUUUCCCUUCAGUAUCACCUUUUGAGGCUCUGGCAGUCCUCUGCAUUUAUUACCAUUGUUCUUUAGCUGAAAGCUAAUUUCGUAUAAUACAAAGAGAAAUACCUUAGCAAUUGCCUUAUGGAAAAUGGAGAAAAAGAACAAAAACAGUUUAACAAUAAUUUCUAAGAUUUCAUGGCUCAUCGGAAAGCUUUGCAUAAUUUGUACUAUAAAUGUUUAAGAUAUAUUUUUAUUUUUAAUUACACUUAAAUUUUAUAUAAUGCACGUUUCCUUUUUCUAUUGUACAUAAAAUAGAAACUUCAGGCUCUCUAAAUAUAAUGAAGGACUGUAUCUGGUAGCAUUUCACAGUGAAUUUCAAGUGAUGUCAGAAAUGUUCAAACAUUUCAUCCUACACAUUACCAUUGUUUCCUGGGAAAUACCUCACAUUUCAGUGCCAAACAUUUCAGCACAAGGAAACUGGAGUUAGACACAUGUUGCAAAUAAAAAAACAUCAUCAAGAUUUAAGGCAGAAAAUUGGGAGAAUGUACCUAUAAGUGGCAACAAUAAUAAGUGGAUGAAACUUACACUUGUGGUGUUUCCAUCUUUUUUGUUUUGAACAGAACAUGGCUUAACCUUCAAAUGAAAGGAAAAUGGAUUAUGUACUCAAACUUUUUUUUUAGUAUAUGGAAAUUCCUCAGAUGUGAGUGAGGCUCAGUGAGAUAAUAAUGUAAGUUCAGACCAAUAAAUUGAAAAGAUAAGUAGGUUUGUUGGAUUUCUAUUAAAGAAAAAUAUUUUCAAGACUGUGUUAGACACACGAAGUAAAGAACAUACAUAUGAAGUAAAGAACUUUGCUCCUUAUAUCAGAAAGUUCAUACUCAGAAAGCAUAAAUCAGAGUCACUCACCCCUGUGAAAUGUAGCAAAUGAAUCACAUUUGGGUUUAGACACUUCAUUGUAAAAGAUUUCGAUCCAUCUUAUAAGCAGGAAUUAAUAUUUAUUCACCACGUGUCAAGUGCUAUCCUAAACACUGACUUAUUGAACAGUCGAGUAAUCUCAUCAAUGCCACUGCAGAUUCUAAGGAUUGUAUGACAAUCCGUUUAAGGAAGGUUAUACUAUAGAUUCUAUACCAUGUAAGAAAAUUUCAGAAGGUAUCAUUCCUACAAUAAAUUUCCUCUUUCCCAUCAGCUACCCUCCUGUGAUACAGAAAAUCAAAGUGCAAUUACUGUUGAACUAUGUUCAACAUUUAGUUGAUGUAAAGGCACAUCUCAGUAAAAACGCCUGCUUUCCAAAUUAUCGUAUUUGAAUACCGUGACUUCGAUUCCCGUCCAUGCGUGGGCCAUGUAGCAGCGCUCUACCAGAGAAUCUACGAGAAUGACACUGCGAGUCUGUACAGUCAGCUUCUAACUUGUUUUGAAAUAGAUGUAAUUGAUGAUUAUUUUCGUUAAGUUAUACCUGUUCCAGCUUGCCCAAUGGAACCGUGAGGAGAAAGGCUAGGAGAAAGCCGACAGUGAAACUUCAGUAAGAUAAACUGAAGUUCAAAGUGUAUUGAUAACUUUCCUCUUAUCAUAGUAAACAUGUUUUGGCUCUUAACACACUUGUCUGAAAUAAACACUUGGAUGAACUUUGGCCUUAA